AUGAUUCGAUCUCCACGAGAUAUGGAGCUGCUGGGCGAACGAUUGGCUCACGGGCGACAGCCCGGCGACGUCCUUUUUCUGCAAGGAGAUUUGGGCUGUGGGAAGACGUGUCUUGCUAGAGGGUUCGUGCGGGCACACACGCGUCAAAAAGAGAUGGUCGUGCCGUCUCCAACGUAUUUGCUGGUCAAUACGUACGAUGAAGCAGCUGACGUGGCGAUCGUGUAUCACGUGGAUUUGUACCGGUUACAAACCGUGACGGAACAAGAUGCAGCUGCUUUUGGUUUGGCUGCGGCAUUUGAACAAGGGAUUACGCUAGUGGAGUGGCCAGAGCGCUUGGAUGAAGCUUGUUUGCCGAGAGAAAGGUUGGAGGUCAGGAUCUCGUAUGUGGAAGGUGAUCCUGAGACUCGACAUGUCGAGCUUCGGCCAAUUGGAAAGCGGUGGGCGAAUCGAUUGGCAAUGAACAUGAAGUGA